AGCCAAUAGCCAAUCAAAACGCGUCUCUUCGAUAGCAACAACGACAACAGCAAUGGCGGAUAAAAAAUAGCACGAGAGGAUAUCAUAUUGAUCAAGAUGGAAGCUAUUUUUGGUCGCGGAAGUCGCAAAAGUAGCUUGCUUGAAGAAAAUGAAAAUGAAAUCGACGAUGAGACUGAAAAUCCUGUGAGAGAGGAUGCAGAAGAUGAAGAUCUUGAAGUUGCUGAUGAUGAUAAUGAUGAUGAUGAUGAUGAAGAUGACAGUGAUUCAGAUAGUUCAUUUGAUGACCACCCCAGAACAUGGGAGAACCCAAUUCCUUGGGAGCAGCCAGUGGUGAAAAAUGCCAAACCACCACAUCCUUUGACUGUCACUCAUGUCAACCAGACCCGGGAUUUGAUGAAAUUACAAAGUGCUGAAGCCAUGAUGAACGCAGAACUUCAGAACUCUGAGGAAUGGCUAAAACUUCACAGUGUGGAAUACAUGAAAUUAACUUUGAAAGACCUGGUUGACAGAGGCAAAAUUGGAAACAUGAAACCAGAUCACAGAACAGGAAAAGCUUUACAACACAUACAGUUUGAGGCUUAUGAUGUCAAUGAAUUUGAAUACAAACUAAACAUGGCCAUAGAGAUGUACACAAAAAGAAUUAAAUGGCUGCUACAAGGAAGCAAAAGGAUAUUUGGUAAUAUCCGAGGCAAAAGAAUAGCAGUGGUUGUUGACAUAUCCGAUGCUAAUGCUGGGUUUGGUAGACUUACUGCCUUUCAAGAAUCACUGGUGCACCUUAUAGAUGAGCAACUCGCUCAGCGACAGUCUAUAUACCUCAUGUCAUUUGGAACUGACAUUGACCCCCUGUGGCCUGUAGCCAGAGAUGUCAACUGCAGAAUAGUUGAGGAGGCCAAGGAAUGGGUGAUGAGGAUGAAACCAUCAGGAGGAUGUAAUCUCCUCAAGGCCCUCAAACAUGUCCUGAAAGUCCAGGAUGUUGAUUCUGUGAUGAUCAUUCUGGGUAGUGUGCCUGACCAGACAUCUGAAAUUUUAUGUGACUAUGUACAUCAGUUGGGAAUAGGCCAAGGAAUCCCAUUACAGACUGUUGCUUAUGACUGCAGCAAUCACUUGACAAAUUUGACCCUGCGGAGUCUGUCAGAGGUGUCCCAUGGUAGCUAUCAUUGUUACACAGCUAACUGUGAGGACCAGAUCUACACUGGAACGGACAUCAGUCUCAUACUGAAGGAAAUACAGAAAGCCCAGGAAGUCAUCAAUAAAAUUAAAGAGAUGAGGGACGGAAUGAUGGGAAGUGCUCUUGUCAGCAUUAUGAAUGAGAUAACAACAGAGGUCGCAAAGCUUCCUCAGUCAAGGUUUCUCCCUCGACCUCCAGGUCAUGACCUCCCACUGAAAAUUGAAGUGCCAAAAUUCCAGGCAAGGUCAUCGAUUGAGUGGAUCAAACAGCAUGGUCUGAAAGCUAGAAGAUUAGAUCUCUACCAGAUUCUAGCCCCCAAUGCUUACUCUUACAAGGAAGAGUUUAUUCCAGUGAUUAAAAAGGCAGUACAGUCUCAAGUUCAUGAGAAAGCCAUGGUACAGUUUCAAUGGCAUGAUGGAUCAGUGAAGAACAUCCAUGUUGACAUGUCGCUGUUGUUUGAGUACCAGAAGCAGCUGUACAGCACUGUGAGGCUGUAUGAGAAGAGGAUCGAGUGGCUCGCCAGUGGUAGUCGCAGAAUAUUUGGAACCAUUGUGGAGAAAAAUGUUGUUAUCUUGAUUGAUUUGUCCAUUUCCAAUGUCAACUAUCUGGUACAUAUUCAGCACUCUCUCCGCCUCUUAAUGGAGCAACAGCUGGCCAACAAAGAAUACUUCAACAUGAUUGCGUUUGGAAGUGAGGCAGUUACAUUUAAACCAACCAUGGUAAAACCAACCCCAGCGAAUUUACAAGAAGCUUGGAGCUGGGUAUUGGAUCUUCAGUGUGGAGGAAGCCGUAAUUUCCUUUCUGCUUUUAAAUUAGCUGUUGAAAAUGAGGAGGAAAUAAAACACAAAAUAUUUUCUGAGGGGAUUUACCUCUUCAGCAGUGGUGUACCUGAUCAGACCCAGGACAUUUGCUGCUCCUACAUCGAGCAGUCCACAUCAGGGCGGGGCAUCCACCUCCAUUCCAUUCUGUUCAAUGUGGAUGAUUAUGAUGCAGAAGGUGCUAUUCCUGGUCGCUAUGCCAACAUAACCAGGACAGCUGAAUGUCUACGAAACAUGGCUCACUGCAGCAAAGGCAGAUUCCACUGGUUCAGAGAAACUGGUAUCAUUGAAAGUGAUGACAUUCAACACAUUACAACUGAAAUUGACAAGGCUAUGAACUUCUCUAAAAAAGUCCAACUUCUGGUUGAGUCAGUGAAGAAAAAGUACAGAAAUAGAUAUCAACAUGAUAUCAUGGAAGAGAUGGCAGCCCUCCCUGCUCCACCCCGAUUUAGACGUAAAGCCCUGCCCCCAACAGCAUCCACCACCCCUCCUGCUACCUACAGACAGCAAAGGACAGAGGUUAAAGAAGAAAGGGCCAAAAUUUUAUCAAAAAGACCAACAAGUGCCUCCUAUUUGCGUGACAGUCAAAUUGCUGGAAGGGAUAGACCCAACUCAGCCAGAGAUCCUAUGUCGAGAGUGAAGUCCUCCAAACGCUUUGCCACCACCAGUUUCUUCCUGGACACAAAGCAGAAGAUGGGGGAUGGGACAGGGAGUGUCAUCAAGAAGUACCCAGACCAGAAAUCUGUGCGUAAGGCAGUGGGACAGCCACACAUUCCCGAUGUAGAGGACAUUGUCUCCACCAAAGAGUGGCUGAGGCUUUACAGUUUGUCGAAGCUGAAACUGGAUCUGGAUAAACUAGUAUCUGGCCCGGACUGCAAGCACAAUGAGGGCACUGUCAAAACCCUUCACAAACAUGUCUCUGCUAAGUACUGUGAUAUUUUCCCAAGCAUAAAUGUGAAAGGAACAAUCAAACACUUACAACUCUUACCACAUGAACUGAAAGAAUAUGAAGCUCAAGUAGAGAAGGUGCUCAAGAGAUAUCUAAAACGACUUCAAUGGCUGCUCAGUGGCAGUAGAAGAGUGUUUGGAACAAUUCUGCACAAGAAGGUUGUCAUCUUGGUAGACACUUCAGGAUCCAUGGAGCAGUAUAUGAAUGAGUUAAAGAAAGAGUUAGCUGCCCUUAUUUGGGAUCAACUAUACAGAUUGGGUGCAAGGUUUAACCUUAUUCGGUUUUCCGGUGACUGUGAAAAAUGGAAACAGAGGUUAGAGCCAGCCACACAGGAGAACUGUCACAGUGCUGUGUCAUGGUCCUCCAGAUUCACAGCCUCGGGCAAUACCUGUACACUGGAUGCACUGAGGAUGGCCUUUGAUGAUCCUGACAUUACAGCAGUAUAUAUGUUAACUGACGGAAAACCAGACACAAGCACCUCCAUGGUCCUGAAGGAAGUCUCCGAGAUGAAUGUGGACAGGAAGAUUCCUAUCAACACCAUCUCCUUCAACUGUUCAGACAGCACUGCAAACAAUUUCCUUCACCUGAUGGCACAAGAGACAAGUGGCAGGUACCAUCGCUGUCAAACAGAUUUCGAUGCACAGCUUUUUGCACACAAGCUGUUGACAGAGGGUUUCGAAGACACAGAGUACCCCCAUUUACCAGAGUUUGAAGGAGAUGAUCUACGCAGACUUGGCUCUGAAAUCAACACUGCCCGCAAAUAUUUGGCACAGUCAAGGCAGUACAGAUCUUUAUAUCAGUCAAAAGUAUCACAGAGUGAAAAACCAGCAAGCAACAAAGGAAAUGUGACUCCAUUUGUUGUUGGCAAACCAAAGACGACUGUGCAAUAGAAGUUUUGAGGAAACAGAAGUAGAAAACCUUGACAGCUGUUAGAUAUUGUUGUAAAAUGUAUUCCAGUGCUUUCAUGAAGACAAAACAUACUUUCAUAUUAACUCAAACAGAUACUGUCAAUGAUGCAAUUUCCAUCAAACUCUUCAAAAAAAUGUUACAUUUUAUAUGAAAACUUUGUAUAUUUGGAAUUAUUUUUUUUUUUAUCAAUCUUAGCUUUCUUUAUGAUGUAUUUUAGAUAACUGUAGAUAUGCAUAUGAUCAUGGAGUUGGGUGCUUUUGGAUUAGCUCUAAUUUCAAAAAAAAAUUAUUUUUUCACUCUUUGUGCAGACUGCAUAUGGCUAGGUAUUAAUUAGAAUAAGAAAACAUCUUGAAGUUAAUUUUUUAAUAUGCAUGUACAUGCAAGGACAUGUAUUUAAAGUGUAUCAAAUACAGACUAAAUCUGUAGAUUGUAUGUAUACUAGGUAGAGCUGCUUUCUGUGAUAUGGUGAGUAAAGACUAAGAGCCAAUAGGUACAUGCAGGUUAUGUGAAAGCGAUAUUAUCAUGUUUAUAAUGUUACAUAUUAAUUGUUUGAUACUUAGUUUACAACAUGGAAAGAUUCAUUAAAACAUAGAAUAAAAAUAAGAGAAUAUC